AUGUUGAAAGAUUUUAUCGACGGUGAAGAGGCAAACGGUUCUUUUGCUUGUGGUGGUACAAUCCUUGUCGACGUGAAUAACCCAAACAUUCCAGGGAAGAAGGCGACCUCUUCCCCAGUCAAGAUCUUCUGGUCAGCUGGCCACGACACAACUGCACGCAAGUUGGUGCUUCCCCUUAAAUACUCUGCAUCAGAAUCUACCACUCAGCUGCUUCGAGAACUGGUCAGCAGCUGCGACCCAGCCAGCUUUGGACUGGGUAAGAAAGAUGUUAUCGAUCCAAAAUACCGCAAAGCUGGAAAGAUCGAUCCUGAGCAAUUCGUGACCAGCUUUCACCCAGCUGACUUUGGGCUCCUUGACAAUAUCGAACAAGUUCUUCUUCCUGCUAUCAGCGGUGAAGGCGACAAUAGAUUGCAAUUCCGGAAGAUCAAAGCAGAGCUUUACAAAUUGAAUACCUACUCCGGACCAUCGGGUCGGUUCCGAAAACAUGUCGACACCCCGCGCUCUGAAAGCCAGAUUAGAUCUCUAGUGGUCUGUCUGCCCUCUCCAUUCGAGGGAGGAAGGUUGAUCGUUCGGCAUGGUGGCCAAACAGUCGAGUUCGACUGGAGCCUGCAGAGCUCCUCGACUAUUCAGUGGGCAGCAUUUUACAGCGAUUGCGAGCAUGAAAUCAAGACCAUCACAUAUGGGGAUCGAAUCACGUUGACCUACAACCUAUUUGUCACCGAGCCCGUUGAUGGUGCAAUUCCUUCGCCUACCUCCAUCAUCGACCCAAAGAGCUUUCCUCUCCACAGUUGGGUGAAGAACUUACUCUCCGAACCCAAAUUCAUGAAAGAAGGUGGCGUUCUCGGAGUGUUCUGUUCCCACGCCUACCCACACACCUCUAAGCUUGCAGAAACCCAAUUCCUCCGUAGCUUGAAGGGCAAGGAUCUGGUUCUCUACUCAGUUCUCAAGUCCCUUGGCAUCGAGCUUGCCGUUGUUCCCAUUGUUGAUAAUCACGGCGUCUACGCCAGCAACCCCGCACUUGGUCUGAAAGGCACCGUCGACAGUUCUGAUGAUCCCUGCCCACUGACCUUCAAUACUCGCGAUCGUGUGCCCAAAGAAGUCGAAAUCGCUGAUGUCGACCAAAGAUGGAAACUUCUACUCAUGACACGCCAGAUAACAGGCAUGGAUGCCACCAUCGACUACGCCGCUGAGCAUAAACUGCCCCUGAAGCCGAAUAGCUUCUAUGCAGCAGGAAUAACGCGCGUGGGGAAGCAUUUCGCGCCGUACGAGGCACACGAUCGGACCCUUGACGAAGGUGACGACGAAAAUGAGAUCAUCAACGACUGUUUCCCUAUCUGCCAAAUUCCCGGAAUUACCUUGAUCACGGAGCCGAAGCACAAGGAGAUGGCCUUCAGCCAUAUCGCACACGGCAAUGAGCCGUCCAUAGAAACUCGGUACUCGUGCGUCGCCGUCCUCGCGGUUAUCCCUCCUACAGAGAAACGGAUGAAUAUCGAGUAG